UCCUGAAGAAGAUCUGAGCAUUCCCUGUCUUCAGAAUCUGCUUGCCUCAACAUGGCCGCCCACAGAAACACCGAGGUGAGGAUCAUUCUGGUAGGAAAAACUGGGAACGGAAAGAGUGCCACAGCAAACACCAUCCUCGGGAGACGUCAAUUCGAGUCUAAGAUUUCUGCCCACGCUGUUACCAAGACCUGCCAGAAGGCAUCCAGGGAAUGGAAGGGGAAAAACCUUGUUGUAGUUGACACCCCUGGGCUCUUUGACACCAAGAAGACCAUGAAAGCCACAUGUACAGAAAUCAGCCGCUGUGUUCUCUACUCCUGCCCUGAGCCUCACGCCAUCAUCCUGGUUCUGCAGCUGGGCCGCUUCACGGAGGAAGAGCAGAAAACAGUCUCCCUGAUCAAGAGUCUUUUUGGGGAGGCGGCCAUGAGGUACAUGAUUGUCUUGUUUACUCGCAAAGAUGACCUUGAGGACCAGAGCCUGGAAGACUUUUUAGGCGAGUCAAAUGACAAGCUAAAUAAUGUCAUCGCACAGUGUGGGAAACGCCGCCUGGCCUUUAAUAACAAAGCGGCAGAGGCGGAGCGAGAAGAUCAAGUAGAGCAGCUGGUAGGACUGAUAGAGCAAAUGGUGGACAGGAACGGGGGCUCUUACUUCUCUGAGAAGAUAUACGAGAACAUAGACAGAAGGCUGAGACGAUGUCUGAGGGAACUCGAGGAAACUUACGCUCAGGAACUCAAUGCUGAAAUCAAAAGAAUAGAAAGGGAGUGUGCUCACGGAUCAGAAGAAGAAAAGAAGAAACGAAUGGAUUCUGCAAAGAAAAAUUAUGAUGAGAAAAUGGAAAAUCUGAAGGAAAAGGCUGAAGAGACUAUACUUGGGUAUAUUUACAGGAAGAUACAUGAACUGCUUUUAGAAGUUUGGGACAAGUUGAGAUCGUGAUGUAAAUGCCAUUCUUUUACAUUAAUGACAUUUGUUCUUUGACAGUUUCAUACAUAUAUGCAUAUAAUGUGUUCGGAUUGAAUUCAUGUCUUUUUGUUUUGGUAUUUUUUUGCCUUGUGAUCCACUGAGUUUAACUAGUUUCCUGUGGGUGACAGCAGGUUUCAAACAAUCUGUCAGAGCCUGGUGGGCUGAUCAGGAGGAACACAGUGGAAGACAAUGACUCUUUCUCUUCCCGAAUCCAUCAGCAGUUACCAGCUCAGCAGGGUGGACAGGUUCUUAUGAGCUCCUCCCCUACCCAGGUCCAUAUCUGCUGUGAGCUCCUGAUGGCAGUGUCUGUUUUCUGAACCAAUGCACACCCAC